UUUUUUUGGUAGGGUUCAUCGAGGCUUUCUUUAUUCGAUCAAGAUUUGUUCCCGUCCCCGGCUGCUCAGGCCAUCUCCACUUCGGGUCACAUGCUGGAGGCGCCGUAGUAAAGGCUUAAGGCAUUUUUCCAGUUUUUUUUUGGGGGGAAGAAGCACUUAGUCAUCUCUCAGGUUCUUUUCUGCAACUCUUCCUUUGUUGUCUGCUUACUUCCUUCGAAUCUAGUAAUGUUAGGGUUUCAUUUCAUGUAGUUGAACUCUCUGUUUUCCUUUGAUUUUUUAGCCUAAAUCGAAUGGAAUUCAUAGAUGAAAACCGUAACACAAAACUCUCUAGAAAAUCCCAAAACCAAACACUCUCAAUCCCCAACAGUCUCCAACCCCAACGCUUCCCCACUCAUCUUGAUGAACCCGAUAUUUCCCCAACUGUUCGAACCCUCUGCGACCUCCUUACCAAUGUUUCUCCUCACGAUAUCGAAUCCGCGCUCUCCGCCUCCGGGAUCAUCCCCACUUCCGAUAUCAUCCAACAAGUCCUCAGCUUUUCUUACAAUCAACCUUCUUCUGCCGUCAAGUUCUUCCGGUGGGCUGGCCGCUUAGUCAAGCCCUCUGCUUGUGCUUGGAACCUCAUUGUCGAUUUGCUUGGGAAGAAUCAAAGCUUUGAACCCAUGUGGGACGCCAUGCGCUCCAUGAAGCAAGAGGGUCUUCUUUCAAUGUCGACAUUCGUCUCUGUCUUUGGCAGCUAUUGUAUUGCACAUAGAUUCAGCGAGGCUACCAUGAGUUUUGAUGUCAUGGAUAGGUACGGUGUAGAACAAGAUGUUGUCGCAGUCAAUUCGCUUCUUAGUGCAAUUUGCAGUGAGGACAAUCAGAUGCCGGUUGCGAUAGAGUUUUUUGAUAAGAUCAAGAUGAAGAUCCCACCUGAUGAGGAUACCUUCGCCAUUUUGCUUGAAGGGUGGGAGAGAGAAGGCAAUUUGGCCAAGGCCAGGAACACUUUUGGCGAGAUGAUAGUCAAAGUAGGAUGGAGUCGAAAGAACAUAUCUUCUUAUGAUGCAUUUUUGACCACACUUGUCCGUGGGUCUCAUGUCGAUGAAGCUCUCAGGUUCUUGCAAGUUAUGAAGAAGAAUGACUGCUUACCGGGUUUGAAAUUUUUCUCUACCACUCUCGAUAUUCUUGUCAAGCAAAAUGACUCAACCUAUGUUAUUCCCUUGUGGGAUACAAUGGUCGAUGGUGGGCUGCUGCCCAAUUUGAUUAUGUACAAUGCAUUGAUUGGUUUGCUAUGCAACAACAAUGACGUGCAUAAUGCUUUCCGGUUCCUUGAUGAGAUGGUGGUCCAUGGAGCUUUUCCUGAUUCUUUGACUUACAACAUGAUCUUUCAUUGCUUGGUGAGAAAUAAGAUGGUUAGCGAGGUGGGGAAGUUCUUUGUUGAGAUGAUCAAGAAUGAGGCGCCUCCGAUAAGUUCUAAUCAUGCUGCAGCUAUAAAGAUGUUGCUUGGGAAUGAUGACCCUGAAAUGGCAAUUGAUAUGUGGAAUUACAUGGUGGAUAAUUGCGUCUCUCUCUCGACUUUUAAUGAAAGCGCUAACGAGUUACUCAUCGGGCUUUGUAACUUGGGUAGGUUGGUAGAAGUGAAAAGGUUUGCCGAAACAAUGCUUGAUAGAAGAAUCAAAAUCUUCGAUUCGACAAUGGAUAAAUUAAAGGAUGCUUUCUACAAAAAGGGUAGAAGUUUUAGAGAUAAAUAUGAUAGCCUUUCGAGGGAAUGGAAAGAUAUGAAGUCAUGAUAUGAACUUCUUGUCACGUUUUAUAAAGGUAUC